AUGGAUGGAGAUGGGAAUCCUUUAGGAAAGCUUUGGUUUCCCUACGGACUCAUUGCUGCGUGGAAUGAAGCUAGAGGAGAACUUCCAAAAUGGUUGAAAAUGGACACUUCUUCCCUAAGUAGCCUAACACGUAACUUAGUCGCUGCUCUUGCAGCUUUUUCUCUUGCAUGGGGUAAAAAUGGCAGUGGCAUUGAUCAACUAAUCGCAAGACGCUGCAGAGAGGGGAAAUUGCCCGAUGACGAAGAAAUAGCAGUGAACAGGCUGUUGAGGAGUUCAGGACAAGGACUUGUCGAGUUCAAGAACAAGCUCGUUCUUAUUGCUAAACUUCAGCAUAUGAAUCUUGUUAGACUUUUGGGUUGUUGCGUUAAAGCUGGUGAAGAGAUGCUGAUCUACAAAUACAUGCCGAACAAAAGCUUGGACUUCUUUCUAUUCAGUUCGUUAGUACUUUCUUAG